UUAACCACAACAACAAAAAAACAAAACAAAAACCACAAUAAAUUGACUGGCGGAGCUUGUUGGAGGCGGGCAGCAACCUGAAAGACUCAAACCGGGGCAGCGAACACCCAACGACACCAGCCUCCAACACGGAAACAAGAAGACGCUGAUCGCAGUUAAACAAGAAAAACACAUUAAACACAGCCACAGUGGGACAUAACUCAACACCAUGCCCAAAAAGAAAGAAAUUGUUAAAGCUGGCGCUCCUAUACCCAGAAUACGAGAGGGCUCCAGGCUAAUGCGCACACAUGAAACAAUGGUAGAUUUCAUAAAUGGACGUCAUCCUCGGAGCUCGUUCGUGGAUGUCUUCACCUCUGGCUUAUUUGGUUUAGAUUUUUUAAGGAACCUGGAGGGAGACCUGGAGGACGACAUCAUAUAUUCUGAUGACGACGAUGACGAUGAUCACUUGUAUCCACACAAUUCUGCUCACAGACCUUUAGAACCACAUCCACGAAUAAGACAACUCACUGACGAGGAAGCAGAUAAACAUGCAAAAGAAUUGAUAGAAGAAGAAGAACGACGUAAAGAGAAAACAGAGAAGAACAAGCGUAAAAAAAUGCGUAAAAAAGAAAAGAAACGAUUAGAAAAGGAGAAUGCAGUACAAGACAUUUUACCUGAGGAAGAACAAGGGAAGUCAGACUCCUCAGAAAAUCAGGAAGAAAAUCCGGUUAUUGAAAAUAAUGCAGAAGCAGAUAAAUCUCCCAAAUCUGGUAAAACACAAAAUGCAACAGAGAAAGUUCAAUGUGACGAGAACGGUGGUAAUAAUAAAGAAGAAAAUCCUCCAAAGAUGAAUAAGAAAGAAAAAGAGGAGCAAAAGGUAUCGGACUUAAAUAAUUCAUAUGCUUCUAUGGCUAAACCGGUGCCUGAGGAGACGUGUAACCAGAUGCCUGCAAGAGAAGGAAAAAAGGAAAAAACAGCUAAAAUACUGGAAGUUGAGCAGUUGAAGGAAGAAAAGCCAGAAGUUGUGGAGAAACCCGAAGUUCAAAAGAAGAAGGAAGUGAAACAGGAACCCAUUGAAAAAAAAACGAUGGAUCCCACUGCAAACGAGCUUGCAAAGAGAAGCAGAGAGCUUGCUGGUAUUGGAAAUCGUUUGGCUGCCUCUGGACAGUAUGAGAUGGCAGUGAAAUACUUUACUGAUGCUAUUAAAUACAACCCAAAGGAAUAUAAGUUAUUUGGAAAUCGGUCCCUCUGUUAUGAAAGAACGCAGCAGUAUGAAAACGCUCUCAGGGAUGCUGACAUAGCACUGUGCAUGGAGCCAAACUGGAUAAAAGGUUUAUUUAGGAAAGGGAAAGCUCUCUGUGGGCUCAAGAAAUACUACGAGGCCUCGCUGAUCUAUAAGGAGGUGUUACAGCUGGAAAGUUCGAGCGUUGAAGCCACACAAGAGCUGAAACGAGCACAGACGUUGCACCUUAUGGUAGGAGAAGCUUCUGUACAACAUUUACAAAGCAAAUAA